AUGUUCAAGCGCUUCUUUGGAGAGCAUGGCGCGAAGAACGUCGUGACCCUCUUCCACAAGCCGUCGAGCACCGCAUCCACCCGCGUACUCACCAUACUAAAGCAAACGAACGCGCAAGCAGUGGCGCACGCUACGGAGGACCAAGCAAGCUCCCACCAGGCGCAGGACAAGACUGAGCGCAUGGAGUUCGAGCUCGACGUGACCGAAGCGCCGCCCACCAGCGACCAGCUCAAAUCCAUUCUCGAUUACCUAGGUGGACCUGGAGCUGCAUCAAAAGUCGUUUCGGGGGCACAGGAUGAGGCAGAUGCUAUGCGAAGGCUCAAGGCAGACGGCGAGACGUUUUUGCGGCCCGUGGUGGUAGACUGGAACCAAGGCAAAGCAGUCAUCGGAGACAAUGAGUCCGAGAUCUUGUCUAUGCUCCGCUCUAUCCCAAAGGAGACUGAUAAGGCGUAA